GGUUACUGCUCAACAUCCCUCAAAGAAAGAUGUUCCUGAAGAUUCUUGAAGAGAAAGACUAAUACAAGUUAAAAUAAAUAUGGGUGGUCAAGCCAGCAAGGAGACAGAUCAAGAGCAGAUGGCAGAAUCUGUGACAACAGCAAGAUUACAGCCAUUCCUCCAAAAGCUUAAAGAUAAAUGUCAGAAUGGUCCAGUAACUGAAGCACAUUUUAAAAAUUUGUUUCCAUGUGAAGGACACCCUCUUGUGUGCAGAAUCUACCGGAUACUAUGUUCAGAACAUGGAGACUUCUUUGACAAUGUGUCCACAUUAUUUUCUAACAUUCUACUUAUGGAAUCGGCAGUGGAUAAGGUGGGAUACUAUCUCUCACUUUAUGUGUCACAAGACGGAACACAUCAUGAAGAAGAUGUUGAAGAGUUUGUUGGAACUGCUUUUACCUUGUUCCUUACAAACCUCAAAAUUUCCCAUAAUGCAUCAGAGGCAGAGAAGAAUACAAUGAUGUCAGUAAGAACAGGUCUCACAACAUCUGUUGCUGAAGCUAAAAAUUAUAUUCUGACAAACUGUCCUGGUCUUGUACCUGAAGUACAUUGUUGGCUCACGACACAGAUAACACGCCCAGGCAUGUCAGAGGGUGUUGAUUAUAGUGAUGGUCCAUGCAAGACUGUUGACCAGCUCCUGAAUAUGGCCUCCUGGUGGCUGUUCAGCUGUAGCCUUCCAUCUCUCUACACUAAUUUUCAAAGUGCAUCUAAUCAUGAGGCAGAGAAGCAGUAUUUUAUGCCAUUGUACAACAGUUCAGAGCACGGGCAGAGCAUGAACCGAUUUCAGCAUCAUGUUCUUGCGUACCGAGGACCGACCGUCACCUUGGUGGCAUUCCAGGAUCAUGUGAUAGCUGUAGCUCUUGAUUCUGAGUGGAGAGAUGGUACAGGGAGCAUCGGUGGUGUCAAUUGUGCCUGUGUCAUGCUUACAUCUAAAUAUGAAAUUAUAGAAGAAGGUGAAGGAAUGGCAAUGUUCAACAUGCGUUCCCGGAAUAUUGCUAAAGGAAUUAGUAUUGGCCGGAAUCGUAAGAAUCCAGUGCUUGUUAUUGAAUCCGGAAUGGAAGAGGUUACAUAUAAAAUGGAAACGUAUAAUUUAAAAAGAAUUGAGGUGUGGGGUUGUGGUGGAGAUGCUGCUAAGACAGAACAACUGAAACAAAAACAACGAGAAGUUAAAGAUGCUGAAAAAAAUCUAAAGGUCAAACGACCAGGAAGAUGGGAUGAUAAUCCUGAUCGGUACCUCCUAGAACUGGGUGGAGUUAAAGUAAACCAUGCAGAAAGCUGAUGAAUAUUUUAAAUUGGCUGGGAUAGGAUGCAAGAUUUUGAUUCUUUAGAUUCUUCUAAACCAGGGUUCUGACACAGGUCUACUUUACAUGCAGAUGCUUAAACCAACUGGAACUUUGUUAAACUGAUAUCUAUUUGAUGUGCCCACAUCUUAAGCAGUCGCACUCUAUUUUGCAAUAAAGGAGAGAGAUAAGGCACUAACAACUGUAUACAAUGUAUAAUUCACCAGGGCUGGCUAUUAGUGAUGAUCAGCCCAUAGGUCGUCUAGCAUUCUCCUUAGGUAUGUACCAUGCUAAUACGUAGUGGCGUAUAUAGGAGUCUUGAAAUGGUU